UUUAAAAUUGAACGGACAACUGAAGACGCUGCUUCUCGCUGUUCUCAUUGGAAAUAGUGCGAAAUAUUAGUUUUCCACGCCACUCCUCUGUAAAUAGUAGUUUCAAUUAUCGGCAUUUAGUUCAGUGGACAGUGAGGCACGCGGCUUUCCAGGAAUCAAUCACACUCGGGCACGCAUACUAGUGCAAACGCCGAGCGUCAUUUUUUGGACUGUACGCGCUAAAACCACAAUCAAUUCUAUUAGUUGAUCAAAAUGGACACAUCUGGUGGGAAUACGUCGCGCCAGCCGCCCAAGAAGUCCAACCAAAACAUCCAGGUGUAUGUGCGCGUCAGACCCCUCAAUUCUCGCGAACGAUGCAUCCGAUCCGCCGAAGUUGUGGAUGUAGUCGGACCACGGGAAGUGGUCACCCGGCAUACGCUGGACUCCAAGCUCACCAAGAAGUUCACCUUUGACCGCAGCUUUGGCCCCGAGUCCAAGCAGUGCGACGUCUACUCCGUCGUGGUGUCCCCGCUGAUCGAGGAGGUCCUCAAUGGCUACAACUGCACGGUUUUUGCUUAUGGCCAAACGGGCACAGGAAAGACCCACACCAUGGUGGGCAAUGAGACCGCCGAACUGAAAUCCUCCUGGGAAGAUGACUCCGAUAUUGGCAUCAUACCGCGAGCUCUGAGUCACCUUUUCGAUGAGCUGCGCAUGAUGGAGGUUGAGUACACGAUGCGCAUUUCCUACUUGGAGCUGUACAACGAGGAGCUGUGCGAUCUCCUGUCCACCGAUGACACCACCAAGAUUCGCAUUUUUGAUGACAGCACCAAGAAGGGAUCGGUUAUUAUCCAGGGCCUGGAGGAGAUACCAGUGCACAGCAAGGAUGAUGUGUACAAGCUGCUGGAGAAGGGAAAGGAGCGCCGCAAGACAGCCACUACCCUGAUGAAUGCCCAGUCCUCACGCUCACACACCGUAUUUUCUAUAGUUGUACACAUCAGGGAGAAUGGCAUCGAAGGAGAGGACAUGCUGAAAAUCGGUAAACUUAAUCUGGUGGAUCUGGCGGGCAGUGAAAAUGUUUCCAAGGCGGGCAAUGAAAAGGGAAUACGUGUGCGGGAAACAGUGAACAUUAAUCAGAGCCUCUUGACUCUCGGUAGAGUAAUUACCGCUUUGGUCGAUCGCGCUCCUCACGUUCCAUAUCGUGAAUCAAAGCUGACUAGGCUGCUGCAGGAAUCUCUGGGUGGCAGGACCAAGACGUCCAUCAUAGCCACCAUAUCGCCGGGCCACAAGGACAUCGAGGAGACCCUAAGCACUUUAGAGUAUGCUCAUCGCGCUAAGAACAUUCAAAACAAGCCCGAAGUUAAUCAGAAGCUGACCAAGAAGACCGUGCUCAAGGAAUACACCGAGGAAAUCGACAAGCUCAAAAGAGAUCUUAUGGCGGCCAGGGACAAGAAUGGCAUCUAUUUGGCCGAGGAAACAUACGGGGAGAUAACAUUGAAGUUAGAAUCCCAGAACCGCGAGCUUAACGAAAAGAUGCUGCUGCUCAAGGCUUUAAAGGACGAACUCCAGAACAAGGAGAAGAUCUUUAGCGAAGUCAGCAUGAGUCUUGUGGAGAAAACGCAGGAGCUAAAGAAGACCGAGGAGAACCUAAUGAACACGAAAGGUACUUUGCUUCUGACCAAGAAAGUGCUGACUAAGACCAAGCGACGCUACAAGGAAAAAAAGGAGUUGGUGGCCUCGCACAUGAAAACGGAGCAGGUUUUGACCACACAGGCUCAGGAAAUCCUAGCCGCUGCUGAUCUGGCCACGGAUGAUACUCAUCAGCUACUCGGAACCAUCGAAAGAAGGCGUGAUGUAGACGAGAAGAUUCGCCGAUCUUGCGAUCAGUUUAAAGAUCGUAUGCAGGACAAUUUGGAAAUGAUCGGUGGCGGCCUCAAUUUGUAUCAGGAUCAGCAGGCAGCCCUCAAGGAGCAGCUAAGCCAGGAAAUGGUAAACUUCAGCAAUGUAAGCCAACGCCUUGCAACAAAUGCCAGCAAAAGCAUUGAAAUGCUUAAGGAGGUUUGUGCCCAAUCGCUUCAGGAUCAGACCAACCUCCAGAAUAAGUUGAUAGCCGAAGUCUUGAAGAUCAGCGAUCAGCACUCUCAGAAAUAUGUCGCCAAGCUGAUGGAGCAGAUGCAGCAGCGACAGCUCUUGAUGAGCACAGAAAUUCAGUCGAAUCUACAGGAGAUCGAGGAAAACAACCAGCGGCACAAAGCCACGCUAGACUCUAUGCAGGAAAAGUUCGCCCACAUAAUUGACAGCAGUUUACAGUCCCUGGAAGAACAUACGAAGCAAAUGCACCAGAAGUUGGAACAGGUCGGGGCAAUGAGCUUGCCAGAUGCGGAGGAACUGCAGAAGCUUGAAGAGGAAUUGGCGAACGAACGAGCUCUGGCGCAGCAGGAGGAAACUCUUCUGGAGUCCAUGAUGAUGCAGAUGGAACAGAUAAAGAACUUGCGGGCCAAAAAUAGCAUUAGCAUGUCCAUACACAUUAAUAAGAUGGAGGAGAGUCGUCUAACGAGAAAUCAACGCAUCGAUGAUAUUAAGUCUUGUAUUCAAGACUACCAAAAGUUGGGUAUCGAAGCUUCUCAAUCCGCACAAGCGGAGCUCAGCAGUCAAAUGGAGGCGGGAAUGCUUUGUCUGGACCAAGGCGUUGCCAACUGUUCGAUGCUCCAGGUGCAUAUGAAGAAUCUCAGCCAGGAAUGUGAAAAGGAAACGGAUGAAAACGUUGGUUCCGUUCGCCUGCACCACACUCAGGUGGAAUCAAUUUGCCAGGAAAGCAAGCAGCAGCUUGAGGCGGUGCAGGAGAAAACCCAAGUUAACUUGGAGCAGAUGGUGGGCGCAAGGCAGCAGCUAAUCACCGAGGACAGACAGCGAUUCGUGGGCCAUGCCACCGUUGCCACCGAACUUGUCCAAGAGUCGAACCGGCAUUUCACGGAGCAUGCUGCACUGCAACGGCAGCAGCUGCAGAUUUGCGAGCAAGAGCUUGUACGCUUCCAACAGUCGGAGUUGAAGACGUACGCCCCAACCGGGACCACCCCCUCAAAGAGGGAUUUCGUCUAUCCACGCACCCUGGUAGCCACUUCACCGCAUCAAGACAUUGUGAAGCGAUAUCGCCAAGAGCAGGACUGGUCAGAUCUGGACACCACGGCCACUAUUGAUGAGUGCAGCGAGGGUGAGCAUGACGACUCCCUGCAAUCCGUCCAGGAGCUGUCCGACACUGAAACCAUAAUGAACUCCACGCCCAUUGAGCCUGUGGAUGGUGUCACCGUGAAGCGUGGUUGCGGCACCACGCGCAACUCCAAUUCGAAUGCACUGAAGCCACCCGUAGUUAGUGGUGGAAAACGAAGCAGCUCGUUGUCACGUUCCCUCACACCCAGGAAAGCUUCACCUCGAAGUUCUCCCGCCUUGGGCAGGCACAACAAAGAAAACGUAGCCUGAUUGCAUUCGAUGACAAUAUUACUCUACCCAGUAACCCGUUUAUGUUAGUGGAUUUCGGAACGGUGUGUUUGUUUGGCUCUUCUGGAUAUUCAUUUUAUCUGUUUAUCAAUCUUUGGAAUUUCGUACAUUUAUUAUUUAAAUAAACUUAGUAUGCUAUGUAAA